AGUUACCCUGGCAACGCGGCGCGUCCGGCGAGCUGAAGGCGGGACGGAAGGAGGCGUGUGGGAGGAAGGAGGGGCGGGGCUUGUGGCGGAAGUGGUCGCUCCGCCCCUGCAGCCUGGGGAAGAUGCUGCGUCUGGUGUGUUGGUGGCUGUGGCUGGGGAUGUGUGGCCUCCUGGUGGGGCGGGCGGAGGCCCAGAGCCCCGAGGAGCCGCCAGAGCGGAGCCGGCCGUAUGCAGUGCUGCGCGGACAGAACUUGGUGUUGAUGGGAACCAUUUUCAGCAUCCUGCUGGUAACCAUGAUCCUUAUGGCAUUUUGUGUCUACAAGCCUAUUCGGCGUCGGUGACAGCAAGCAAGCAAGUUGUCCUGCGGUUUGGAAACAGGAUACAUUGUGUUGCACAUGGGCCAGUAGAGAAGUUGGAACUGGAACUUUCCUGCUUGGAGAUGACCUUUGGUCUGGACAGUUGGUAAACUAAUGGCUUAGAAAAAAAAUCUACUAGCAAUUAUUUUUCCCUAACACUGUAAUGUAAAUAAUUGGCCAGUUUGCUCUUCCAUGUUUUGUUUUUUAUGUAUAUCUGGUUUUACUUGUUAAAAGGAAGGCCUGAAGCUCCAUUGUCAAAACAGAGUGCUCACAACAAAGAAAACAUGGUAAUCUUUGUGUCUAUAAGAAACACACUGGAAAGGACUAACUGUUAACGUUUGGGAAUAUUAAUAAGAGGAAGACUUAACAUGUAAAGAUUCCCUACUUAAGCACCAUUCAGUCUUAAUGGGGUAAGAAUCACAAACGGUUUUAAUUCUACUCAGUUGACCUAGAAUGCUCUGGGCGCAAGGCCAUGCCUCUCAGCGGCUUGCUGCUCUGCACUCAGGGGCUCCCGUAGAAAGUCAGGGACACCGUCAGGUGGGCAUUGGACUGGAAAUGUGACUAGUUAGCCCUGUUCAAACACACUAAUCUCCCCUUGUACUGCACUUAACGUUUUCUCAGCCCACCGCCUAAAAAUGGUGAUAGUUUUUCAGGUUUGGAGUCUUGAAAAGACUCAGCAUGAGCUCCUGUGAGCCCUGGGGUGGGGGAGGGCUUAACCAUGGAAAUGCAAGAUCAACAUAUGUGGCAGGGUGGCAGGUGGGUGUGUGUUUACACAACUUUAAUCUCAGCUUUGAAUAUGCUGCUAUUAGUUUGCACUGUUGAUGGACUGGAUUUUUUUCCCCCGUUGUUGAAAUACUUUUUGUACUUACAAAGUGGUUAUCAGUAUUUAUUUUAAAGGUGUUAGGUUUAAUUGUUUGUUAUUAAAUUGAAGUGCUUAUCUUGUGCUCCAUUCAAGCACCAAACCCAGUGCCUGGAGAGUAAAAUUUGGACUCACAGCAACCCUGUAGGACAGGGUUGAACUGCCCCAGAGUGUUCUCAAGGCUGUAACCUACAGAAGCAGGUUGCCACAUCUUUGUAGGAUGGCUGGUAGGUUCGAACUGCCGACUUUUUGGUUUGUAGUCGAGUGCUUAACCACUGCACCACCAGAACUGCUUCCAUUCAGACACAGCACUGAUUUUUUUUUUUUUUAAAACAACCUGCUCUUAAUGUGAAAAAACAGAUGUGGGACUUAAGGGCUUUGUUUGUGAUCAUAACAUUGAGCCACUGAAUGUACACUGUUCUGUGCUUUUGAGCAUGUCAACUAAAAUUAAAGUAAAACCUUACAUACUGUUUUACUUCUAGCGAUUAUUUCUACCACCUGUCUGUCAGUUUGUCAUAUAGUCGUGACUUGCGUGUGUUGCUGUGAUGCUGGAAGCUAUGCCACUGGUAUUUCAAAUAACAGCAGGGUCACCCAUGGUGGACAAGUUUCAGUGGAGCUUCCAGGUUAAGAUUAGGGAGAAAGGCCUGGCGAUCUACUUUGGAAAAUUAGCCAAUGAAAACCUUAUGGAUCACAACAGACUGUUGUCCAACUCACUUGCUUUGGACAUGUCAUCGGGAAAGACUAGUCACUAGAAGGGGACAUCAUGUUUGAAGUAGGGGGCCGACAAGGAUGAGGGAGACUCUUGGUGAGAUGGAUUGGCACAGUAGCUGCAACAAUGGACUUGGACAUGCCAGCAAUUUUGAGAUGAAGCAGGAACAGGCAACGUUUUGUUCUGUUGUACAUAAGGCCGUCAUGGGUUGGAGUCAACUUGACAAGUAACAAUUAUUGUCUAACAGUUUAAAAUGCAGCUGUGUGUUUGAAUCUGCUCUGAUCUCUUAAGUCAGCAUUGUGAAGUGGGUUUCUAAAUUCAGUUAACAGUAUAUUGCCCUAAGGUAUUGUUUCAGAAAACUGAGCCAUAAUUAAACUCAGGCUGGGCAAGGAGUCAGAAGACCUGGAUUCUGGUCCCAGCUUCAACUGUGAACAAACUUACCUUCUCCAGAACCUCAGUUUUUCCAUCGUAAAGUGGUGAUAUACACACUUUAUCUUUCUUAAUUCUUGUGAAGAUCAAAUGAUGUGAAAACUAGUACAAAUUGAGGGUAGAAUCACCACAGCUGGCCUGUCCCACAGAAGUUCAUAGUUAUUUACUCCCAGGGGUGUACAUUCCCCACCUUGUCCAGAAUCCUGCACUUUGAUGUGUUUUGAUACACUGUCCCAGAAUUUAUUGCCACUUUUAGGACUUAAGAAGGAAACAGGAGAAACUUGCCAAGUCCAUAGACCUUGUGAGUUGCUGUUGGCCCAAAGCCAGGUAGUUUGAUCAUGUUCCAGUUUCCUGGCACACCUCACCAUACUGUUACUCCACAUACAAGUCCAAAUCCCAGUCUACAGCUUCCUUCCCAUUUUACCAUCAGGUCACUAUGAGAGAUUUCAGGUUCAAAGACAGAAAAAUCUUUGUGGAAAGAGGCUUAUUACAAAGGGAUGAGUAGAGACAAAAGUGGCAAUUCUAUGAGAGACUGACCUUCAUCUUUUGGGGCGAGGGGCUGGUAGGCAAACUCUAGACCUUCAUAACCUGAACCGUACACAGAAUAUCUACCAAACACUCGAAUGAACACAUUUGAUCCAUUUACACCAAUCAGAUGAGAACAAGUUAUUUCAGCAAGCACUGCUCUGAGCUUUCUUUAAAGUUGAGAUUAAGGCACCUGCCAGUGCCUGAGAUUUAGGUGCUCUUGAGUCUUCAUAGCAUGUUCAUUUUUUUCCAGCUGGGCCUCAAUCUUAAACCUGUAUAUGUUUCUAUACAGAGGUCUGUGCUGGACUUUGAACUCCAUCGCUGCUUCUGCUACAAACAGUCAUGUGAAGUUACCAUAGUCCACCUGUCUUCCUCACUGUCAUCUAUUCAGCAGGACCCUGGGGAGCAAGCUGGGGAUUACUGCAACUCAUUUCCUUUUUCUAUCACUACUUUGAGCAGACUUUUCAGUUUCCUCAACACCUCACGUCAUGGAUAGUGUGACGGCUUGUAAGUGUCUUAGGGACUUUGCCGUAUGUAGUUCCUAGCACUGUCUUACGUCCAGAAGUUGAUCAUUUAAAGUUUGCUCCUGGUAUUAAACCACUGAAGCUUUCUUUAAUGAACCUAAAGAUAACGUAAGACACUUUCUAAAAUUAAAAACUCCAUAGGCAUUGCACCUUUUGACCUUAGAAGAGUAACAGUUUGUUUCGUAGUGCUCCGGCACCUGAAAGUUAGUAUUCCCCCGAAGCCAAGCAGCUCCGUCACGUCUUUUUGGCAACGCCAAGACCUCAUUUCUGGUAUGCAGACAUUUUUACUGGACACUGCCUCUUUUGUUUUCAUAGCAAUGUUAAUUAGGUGGAGGAUAACUCUGGAAGCCAUAAUCAUCUUCUGAAUUUGUAAGAACAGCCUCUCAAAGCACUUCUGCUUCCAAGGAACAGUGUACUCACUCAGAUUAGAAAGGGGCUUCCCUUACUCCACAAGAACCAGUAUACCUGCAGGUGGGCUGCAGAGGCGGAUCAGAGCAGCCCCAACACCAGUGCGUAGCAUGGGGUGUGUGGACAGUACAGUUGGGCUGGGAAGAGCAUGUCACCUCUGUGUAAUGUACAGCUGAGUUGUGAGGGCAUCCUAAUGUCCCAGGAACGUUCUUACACAGACCCAGACCAGCUGCCCCAUAGGGUUUCCAAGGCUGUAUAUCUUUAUGGAAGCAGGCUGCCACAUCUUUCUCCCAUGGAGUGGCUAGUGGAUUCGAACCGCAGACCUUUUGGUUAGCAGCUGAGCACUUUAACCACUGUGCCACCAGUGCACCUUUACACAGAACAGAGGACUAGAAAAUGCAAUAUGAAAAGAGUUUGAAGAAAUGACUCAAAGAGUAUAGACUUGUACGAGCACUCU